GGGGAGGGGUCAGGAGCUGCAGGGACCCGCGGGAGGAGUGAGGGAUCUGAGCUGGGGGCGGGACGGGAGGAGGCUGGCGGGCAUAUCGGGGUCAGGCGGUCAGGGAUGGGUGUGGGAGGCAGAGACGGGGAGGGGUCAGAAGCUCCAGGGACCCGCGGCAGGAGUCCAGGGUCUGAGCUGGGGGCCGGACGGGAGGAGGCUGGCGGGCAGAUUGAGGUCAGGCGGUCAGGGAUGGGUGUGGGAGGCAGAGACGGGGAGGGGUCAGGAGCUCCAGGGACCCGCGGCAGGAGUCCAGGGUCUGAGCUGGGGGCCGGACGGGAGGAGGCUGGCGGGCAUAUCGGAGUCAGGCGGUCAGGGAUGGGUGUGGGAGGCAGAGACGGGGAGGGGUCAGGAGCUGCAGGGACCCGCGGGAGGAGUGAGAUAUAUGAGCUGGGGGCCGGACGGGAGGAGGCUGGCGGGCAGAUUGAGGUCAGGCGGUCAGGGAUGGGUGUGGGAGGCAGAGACGGGGAGGGGUCAGGAGCUCCAGGGACCCGCGGCAGGAGUCCAGGGUCUGAGCUGGGGGCCGGACGGGAGGAGGCUGGCGGGCAUAUCGGAGUCAGGCGGUCAGGGAUGGGUGUGGGAGGCAGAGACGGGGAGGGGUCAGGAGCUCCAGGGACCCGCGGCAGGAGUCCAGGGUCUGAGCUGGGGGCCGGACGGGAGGAGGCUGGCGGGCAUAUCGGGGUCAGGCGGUCAGGGAUGGGUGUGGGAGGCAGAGACGGGGAGGGGUCAGGAGCUGCAGGGACCCGCGGGAGGAGUGAGGGAUCUGAGCUGGGGGCCGGACGGGAGGAGGCUGGCGGGCAUAUCGGGGUCAGGCGGUCAGGGAUGGGUGUGGGAGGC